CAGGAUGAGAGCAAGGCAGCUGGUCUGUGGAAUUUGGAGUCUGUGUUUCAUGUUCUGUCUUUUCUGCAUCUUUCUUCAUCAAACAACAGCUAAAAGAAAACUGAAGUUUGUGUCCCUAGUAUUUCGCCAUGGUGAUCAUACCCCACAGGAGUUUUUUCCAACUGAUAAGCACAGAGAAAUUGCAAGACAACAGGGAUAUGGCCAACUUACCAAGCUUGGCAUACAACAACAGUAUGAGCUUGGCCAGUACAUGCGGAGGAGAUACUCUCAUUUCCUGAGCGUUGUUUACAAGCAGUGUGAGAUUUAUGUUCAAAGCACUGACUGUGAUCACACACUUAUGAGUGCUCAGGCAAGUCUUGCUGGACUGUACCCACCAACACAGAAAAAGUUCAUGUUGCUAUACCUACCUUUCUCACACUGCCCAAAACACAAGGAGCUUCUGAGAGAAACCUUUGCAACAAGGGAUUUCCAAAGGCAAUUCAAGCACUACAAGCAAUUUCUUAAGUUUUUAGCCACUCAUACAGGAUACCCAUUGAAGAUGUUGACUGCUGAGAGGAUUCGGAAGCUCUCUGACACUUUACAAUAUGAGGACACUAACAAUUACACUCUACCUGUUUGGGCUACUCAUGGUGUCAGGACCAAGCUGAUGAAGCUGUCAGAAUUGUUACUGCAGGCAGAAUUCGGGAUCCACAAACAAAGACAAAAAUCACGUUUGCAGGGAGGUAUUCUUUUAAAAACUAUUCUAAAGCAUAUCUUAGAUGCCAGAAAGCCUUCAUAUCAUCAAAAAAUGGUUAUAUAUUCCGCGCAUGCAGCUACCAUUGCUGCCUUACAGAUGGCACUCAAUGUCUUCAAUGGGAAAUUGCCUCCUCACAGUGCCUGCCAUUUUCUUGAACUUUACCAGGAAAAAAACGGGCAAUACACCAUAGAAAUGUACUACAGGAAUAAUACUUUGAGGGAGCCUCACCCCCUCACUCUCCCUGGCUGCAAAUUUCGCUGUCCCCUAGAGAGAUUUACUCAUCUGGUCUCUCCCAUCCUCGUACACUACUGGACAAGAGAAUGUAGAAUGUAGGACAUCAAAAAGAUAUCCCGUCUCUACGCAGAAGGAAGAUGAGACUUAAGGAAAAUUUGGACUGUGACUCUAGACCUAAAAGGGGCUUAUAAACAGCCAGGUUGGCUACCAUGAAGACCUAGCGACAACUGGUUGACCCAACAAAGCUUUCAGAUAUUCUUUCCAAAAAGACAGCAAAGACAAGUGUUAAUUUUGGAAGAAAAAUAAUUUUUGGUUUCAAAUAGCUUUUUUAACACCUUCCUUUUGUAAUGUUACUUUGAUUGUAUAUUCUGAUCUGAUCAUAUAAAGUCUGUUCUCCUGGGAAAUCUGUAAGUAGAUGCUGUUCUUGACAUGAACAACAAAAUGGCAAUACAAAAUAAAAAGAAAAAAUCAGAGCUGCAUGCUCAUUAAAACACGCAGAACAUGUUGGGCAAUCCUUCGCUAGUUAAAUUUUCUAAUAUUGCUAUUGCAAAAACAGCUUACGUUUUAACUAUACAAGUGAGAUCAGAACUAUCAGAUGCAACUAACUUCUGAAAACAGUGGACAUGUCUUUUCUUGAAGAACUAUGAUUUCUUAUUUUUUUGCUUUC